AUGUCUUCUGGUCCAGCGGCUCUUCAGCCGACCUUCACGGGGCAUGUCGCGACCACCAACGAUGCACUCAUCCUCUUCGAAGCUUGUCUGACGGGUCAGCUUUCUCAUGUUCCUCGGCGGCCCCACGACAGGGAAAGGAACAUGCUGAUUCGCAGCGGGUGUGUUUUCAUCUACGAAGAAAACGCGUCAGGGAUCAAGAGAUGGACCGAUGGAGUUACCUGGAGUCCCAGCCGUAUCCUCGGCAACUUCCUCGUUUACCGCGAGCUCGACAAGCCAUUUCCUCCCGGUGAGAAGAAACGAGCAAUGAAGAAGAACAGUCGUACAAGACCGAGCCGCCCAGGCGAGCCUUAUCCUAGGCCCGACAGCAACAACAGCGCCACUUAUUCCCCUACCACGCCAGCUUCGGCCACUUUUUCUCCAGAGCGGGCUCCCAAUGAGAUGGAACGGUCCUUGAUUGGAUCGCUGGUUGAUUCAUAUGGCUUUAAAUCCGAUGGUUUAGUCAAGAAGACCAUGAGUGUAACGGUUCAAGGGGUCACACAUCAUCUUGUUUCGUAUUACAGUGUGAGCGAUGUCAUCAACGGUCAGCUUCGGACGCCUUCCCAGACAGAAAGCCUGAACUACGUUCGACCAAGACCUGAGUUGACGACUAAACAAAGUUUCAGAUCGCCCUUGGAAGAGACAGAAGACAUGGAAGGCAUAAGGGAGCAAAGCAUGGCUGUACCGGCGCCGUACGGCUAUCGAGCUCCGCAGGUCGCUCAUUCAGGGUACAUGCCGCCGUCCGGGCCAUUCUACAACCCGGGCAUAUAUCCACCCGGGGCAAACCAUCCCGUUACCACCGCUGGAUAUCCUACUGGAACUACGGCGAUAGCAGGAAGCUACAUCCCGGCACCAAUGUCGACCGCUCAAAUGGGGCAUCGGGGCGAGGAUUAUGGACAAUAUGCUCCGCCAGCGUUCAGCCGACCAUACGAGCCACUGAACACCAAUCUCACAUCGAAUUCCCAUGCCUCAAACAUAGGGCCACCCUCUGCCUCACCGAUAACAUCCAAUCUCCAUGUUCGAAAUUCAAACCAACACCUAUCUCUGUACCCCCAAGCGAGCACACAGACGCGAACGAUGCCUACCCAAAGUCCCGUGGCUCUGGAAUCGCGAACACCUUCGUACAAUCGGAACAACUACAGUCUUCCAAGCAAUACUGGCCAGCCACCACCGAACCCUGAUCAUCGCCGUUCGAUCCAACAGUCCCCUAUCCUCAAGCAUGAAACUCGCGACGCAGAUCAUGCAGCCAACGUAGCAGGUGCAACCAACCCCGGCCCUGUUUAUGCCCAUGAACGAUCACACUUUUACAUGAAUCCCAACAAUCCACCGAUCGCUCAUGGGACCUAUCACCCCGGUUCCAAUAUCUCGGCCUGGUCUGCUUCGAGCGCCACCCAGCAACAUAUCUAA